AUGAUUCGGAUGAGGCAUCUGCUUGUAGUUUGCUUGGCCGUUCUGGCCCCAGAGAUUGCAGACGCACGUGUCAAGGGCUUCUUCUCCAAGUACAACAAGGUCCUCAAUGCAAAGGAAUGUACUUGCAACUGCUGCAUUCGAGAGCGCAGGAGACCCAGCGAGAUCAGCGACCCCAGCAAGUCUGCCUUUAAGUGCUCCCUAACGCCGCAGAGCGAUCACAACUUUGCCGCCUACCAAUGCUCGAACACCUGCACAGUGAUGAACGACCCCAUCUUCCCUCGUGCGGCUACGCUGUCCGCGAACCGCUUCUGCUUCUACCACUGCAUACCGACCUCCGGAG